GAGAGCUUCAUCAUUUCAUUUCUGCUCAUGUGGAGAAACACUAAGCAGAGAAACAUGGCAAAAAAAGGUAAAGCGAAAGUCUUCCCCAUGAGGAAACUGAAGGACUCAAAGGUUCCUGUUCCUGCGGGGCGGCCCCAAUAUUACAGGGGUAAAUUAGGAGAAAGUUUGAACAUGGAAUCGGCAGGAUUCGACCUGUCAGACCCAAACAUGCGAGUGACGUGUGGAUCCUAUAACAGCUUCCAUGAUCCACACUUGAAGAGAUUCUUUUACCGACCAGAGAAGAAGAAGCAGCUGGUUAAACAGGGCCUCAUCACUGAGGAUGAUCAGGUGCUGUGCUCACUUAAAGAUCUGAUCCGGUAUAUAAAAUACAUCGAAAACGUUCAGCUGAGCUGGCACAAACUCUUCCUACAUGAAGAGAAGCACCUGCUAAAGAAUUUCCUGCGUCUGAAGGCGAAAGGUAAAGUCGCCGAGAACAUCAGCUCUGCCCACUUUAUAAACUGGCUCAUCCACAGAAGCAAGAGCUCCUUCAGGAACAUCAACAAGACCUACCCGAAAACCAGAAUCAAUCCAAACUACGCUGAACUGGUGUGGGAGAUAAAUCAAAGAAUCUGGCUGGAAAAACUGAAGAAAGUAGUUUUACAAGAGCUCUGUGUGGAACACAAACUCCAGCCUGGCCAGACGUCAUCAAGUGCAGAUAACCAGGCCACAGUCAACCAUUUAGAUCAGGACUCAACCCCUCCUGGUUCUCUUGAUCCUCUGCCUGGUUCAUCUCUAGUGGUUCUACCCACUGGAAACCAAAAUCAGAAAAGCUGCAAGUCGACUGAUGGGGCUGAAUUUGUGCUGGUGAUGGUGGAUGAUCUGCAAUCGGUUAUUAAUGGAAUCAGAACCAAUACAGUAGUGGAGGAAGUUCAGGAGAAUCUGGUCCCUGCUCUGGUGGAGUUUUUGAAGCCCACACCAAACACCUACGUGGAUCUUCAUGCCUCAAGUCAGGAUAAAAGCUUGACAUGUACAAAUGUGGAGAGUAGGAUUAAUUCAGAUAGUCCAAGUCUUCCUGACAGCUCAGUUUCAGUGUCCUCCAGUGACUCUGUGGAGAUGUCCUCCAUGUAUACGUCCGCUGAGCUUUUGGUGCUGGAGGUGCUGAACUGUUCAGUGACUCUGGUGAAACAACAGCAGGAACAAAGCAGUGACAAAGCUUCAGAUGUUGAGGACUCAGACUUGGAUGAUAUUAGCGAACAGAACAUUUUUAUAGAAAAUCCAAGUCCUUCACCAAAUCUGUCUCUUAUUUCUUUACUUGAUGUCACCUCAAAUGAGAAGAAAACUCCACAUUGUGAUGAAACAGAACUUGCUCUCCAAUUCUCCACCUUUGAAGAAUCUCAAACCAAUCAGGUGACUUCUGGCUUUCCUGAAAGUAUCCAUUCUCAGACCACGACAACUAACGAGUCUGCAAAAGUGGAUGAAAUUGAACAAUUAAGUGAAGAUAUUGUUGGACACACCAUGGACAUGGUGAUUUCAAUUCUGACAAGUCAAGGGCUUCUAUCAUCAGAUUCUGAUAAAACUUCACCAUCCAAAUCUACUACACCAGACUUGGGAGGUUGUGAAUCUGUUGAAUCAUUUUUAAGCCAGAGUGACUCAGACAGUCAGUGUGAAGCCCUUAAAGGACAGGUAGAGCACAAAAAACGGAGUUCACCCAGCACAAGCGUCCACUCACUGGACAAACUGAGUCCAGAAUCAAAGAAGGUCCUCAGUGAAACUCUGAUAGGAAUCCAGGGUAAAUUAUCAACUCAGGAGUUUCCUCUGCCAUCCAAUGAAAUGAUUCCACCAGACAACACAGAUGCCAUCAUGGACCUCAUUAAUGGCAUCCUGAAGGAGAUUAAGGAAUUGUCCAGCUCAGAUUUCAUUCUUUCUGGAUCAUCCACCUCAUCAGUAAGAACAAACGUCUCCCCGUCAAAAGACGUUCAGUCUGGUUCUGAGGACAACAAGAUCAUAAAGAACAUCCAGUCAGACAGUUCAAUUGAAGAUAUUAUAAGUUCUGUACUUCACAACAUCACAGAGCUCAGUUACUGCAGCAAAUCUACUGACACAAGAGAUCUGCAGAAAUGUCUCCCUAAGUUCAACGAUGACAGCAAAAAUUCUCCAGGUUCUGCUGAUCUGAUUAAGCUGUCUGAUGCCUACAAUCUAAUUCCGGGGACAGUUAUGAACAAAUCAGCUUCAGAAAUGUUCAUGGAGGAGUUCACCAUUCCUGGGUCGGUCUAUGAAGAAGAAAUCCCUUUCAACCAGGAAUCACUUAGACCUUUGACUCCUGAAAUCCACCCAGUUAUAAGGCGACAAACUUUGAUUGCUUGGAAGACCAUGGAGAAUCUGUCUCUUACACCACCUGAGACAAUAAAUGAUGCAGAGAACCAAACCAUCCAACAUGUUCAGUCCAUACAAACGAGAGAUGAACCCAGCACAGCUGCAAAUGCUUCAGAUGUCUUGGGUGCUGCAGGAGCUUCUGUCAGCAAAACUCCAAAUAAAAAACCAACUGGCGCUAAAAUGAAGAAGAAAAAUCAGGUCCUUGCUUUCUUCAGGAGAGCCUGGCAGGCAGUGAAACGGACCUUCACCAAACCAUCCAACAAGAUUUACCCUGCCUAACUUUUCAGUUCUUCUCAAUCCAGAAAGGAGCAGAAUUAUAUUAACUCCUCAGCUAGUAAACUCAUUAUGAGUGAAAUUUCCUUGCAAGACCAUCUUUGUGAAGAGCAGAAGACUCUACGGAACCACUUUUGCCACCAUCAGGAUUUGGACUUUUAUCAUUGUGAAGCUGCCUUUGUCUUUGCCAUCCACAUGGCACUACUGUGUUCUGCCCCGUAUUGGACCCUCCAGACUUAUAACACUGGUCAACCUAGUUCUCUUUCCCUACUCAGUUCUUAGCUGGGAGCUAUGCAUUCGAGAGCUCUCCUGUACCGGAAUCUUCUCUGGUGCUCUUAGGGUAGGGUACUCAAUGGUCUUUGCUUCAAUCCUACUAUGGUUCUACUUACUGUGCCACUGUCUUUAAUCUAUUCUGAGUAGGGUAUGAUCGGUGUUCCACAGACUUUUUUGGUUCCAUCUUGGUAUAGACUUCUUCACUAUACCAAUCAUCAGAAUCAGAAUCAGAAUACUUUAUUGAUCCCAGAGGGAAAUUGCAGAAUUUCAACCAGAGUCUGUGGUUCUUGGUGUUUCUGUUGAGAACUGUUGGUUGCUAGAAUCUGGGUAACACUGUAUGAGAGUGGUGGUGUAGGAUUGUGGUGAGCUGAACAUCUUUAUAGAUGCUGGGCUCCUCCCAUAACAGGAUUCUCACUUCAACACCUUAAGUGUUGGAUUACAGAAUGAAUACUGGGAUUGUGUGAGCUGAGCUUCAUCUUUAUAGAUGUUGGGCUCCUCUCAUACCAGGAUUCUCACUUCAACACCUUAAGUGUUGGAUUACAGAAUGAAUACUGGGAUUGUGUGAGCUUAGCCUCUUCUUUAUAGAUGUUGGGCUCCUCCCAUACCAGGAUUCUCACUUCAACACCUUAAGUGUUGGAUUACAGAGUGAAUACUGGGAUUGUGUGUGCUGAGCUUCAUCUUUAUAGAUGUUGGGCUCCUCCCAUACCAGGAUUCUCACUUUAACACUCCAAGCAGAGCAUCAUUAGUUACCUCAGCACCAGUGUAUCUUUGACAUGUACCUACUCAGCAUUGUUCUAAUCUGUGGCACUUCUGUACAUCUGGAGGAGUAAAUUAUUUUCACUAGGGGGCAGAACAGAACUCCACGGCUCAAGAAUUAUGAAGACAUCAUGCCAGCUCCUCACCAAGGUAUUGCAAUGGAGACGACGAUCUAGCUGAGGAUGUUAAUAUAAUUUUAUCUACAAGCCAGGACCAAGUGCCCAGUUGUUCUAGCUGUGUUUCAUCUCGCAGUGCCAGCCAGAGGAGGAUGGACUCCCCCUACUGAGCCUCGGUUCCUCUCAAGGUUUCUUCCUCUAAGCUCUGAGGGAGUUUUUCCUUGCCACUGUAGGCUUCGGCUGCUCACUGGGGGUUCAAGCACUGAUCUUGGACCAUCUGGUUUCUUCUCUGCAUCAUUCCGUUCAAUAAAGUUUGUGUACAUGAA